UUUUUUUUUUUCUUCUUCUUUUUUUGAUACUUUGUUGUACCUAUACUUUUCAUCUUUAGACUUUUUAUUUUCUUGUUUCAUAUACAAAUUACUUCGUUUUAUCCUUUGAUUAACGUUGUGAAAAGAUACCUUAGUUGGAAGCAACAGCAACAAACAAAAACAAAUCUACGAUGCAACAAAAUAUCUCUUUGCGUCAACGGUUAACCAAAAAAACCUUAGGAGAAGUUUCCACUAAUACAAUUACGACUACCACAGCUGACGUUUCGACCUCAGAUUUUCGUCAAGUCAAUCCUGAAUAUUGGUCAAGAACAUAUCGCAAGGCAUUUCCUACUUUUCGGUUUUUUUUGGAUAAUAUCGACGAUAAAUUCAAAAAGUCUUUGGAACGAAAGAUCAAGUUAUUAGGAGGAUUUACCGACUUUUUUUAUUCCAACAAAUGUACUCAUAUUAUUACCUCAAGAGCCUUCGUUGAAGAAUUACCAACAAAGGACGCUGGAGAACCAUUACAACCUAUGGAGACCAACCAAAGGGGAAAUGACCAAGAAAACGUACAGCCUAUCAAUAAUCCUGAUAUCAUAGAUGCCUCAACCUCUACUGUUAAUAAGAAACGAAUUAUUGCCAAGGAUCCAUCACAACAAGACUUUUUUGACAAGGCGUCUGCCAUGAAUGUUGAAGUUUGGAGUUUAGCAAAAAUGUUAUGUGUAGUUAGUGCACUUAUGAAUAAACCAGCUAUCCAUAGUCCUUCGAUCAACCGUGGACAACGCCAUGAAAAUUUGGACAAGAUGUUAAUGGAAGAAAAAAGAUAUGGCGUCAAUACAGGUCACCGCAGCGGCCAUGCACCACGUCCAGUGUACGUGACUUUCAACGAUUACUAUACCAAAGUAGAAGAUGUUACUGGUGUCCAUGCCCCUAUUCUGGUUAGAGAAUUCCCAUCUCCUACAUUCGACCCUCAAACUCCUGAAAAUGCUCGAGCUUAUCCUUGGCCAAAGCUAUAUCUCAAACAAGAAAAUGGACGAUCUCCAUUUACUCCUCCUGAACAACCGAAUCAUUCAUCUUCACAGCCUCAACAAACACGGCAUAUAUCAAAAAAACCUGUCUGUGCUACCACCACUGUUUCAUUGCAUCAUCAACAACAACAACAACAACAAGAAGAGAUACCAUUACAACAAAAUCGCCAUCUAACAAAUACAAUGCUCCCACCUAACGCCAUUGCAAUUAAAAAUACAUACAUACCUCCCAAUACCAAUUUCACUGUAAAAAAUGACCAUCCACAACAACAACAACAACAACAACAAGAUCAAUCAUCAAUGCCACAAUCUCCUUGUCAACCACAAGAUAACAACAGUAAUAGUCCAAAAAUCGAUAAUCAAGAAAACAAUCCAUCUGCUGACACCAUAUUACAUGCCUCUCCUGAUAUUUCUCAAUUGACAUCCAAAACACCUUACACCACCACUAUUUUCCCAUCUACUAUGAACACAAGUCAAUCUACCAAUAAUACUCAGCGAAGCAAACUGACAAGCAUGCAUCGUACACAUCAAGAUGGUACAUCUGAUAAGAAUGGAUUUAGUAAAAAUGGAACUCCUUUAAAUGAAAACAUGACAAGAAUGGAUCGAAGGAUGAUCAGCAAUCAACGAAAUUCACGUGUAAAUGCAAGUGCAAACCAUAUCUUAGGUGCUACUACUGCUGCUGCCAACGCUAAUACUGUCGCUACUACAUCUGCUACAUCUGCUAGUCCGGCUACUACAGGUGUUACUACAACGGGUUCACAAGCUACUCCAUUACGACCUGCCGUGGCAGCUAAACUUGCUCAUGAUCAAGCUGAACGGAAGAAAAGGGAACUCACUCGAAGACUGGCAAAGGAAAAUGCGAAAUAUUGUGAAAAUUGUGUCGUUGUUUAUCAAGAUUUGGAAAAGCACUUACAAGAAGAAUCUCAUCUAGCAUUUGUCCGGGAUCAGAACAACUUCAAGGAAUUGGAUAUGGUACUGGCGACUACCAGAAGAUUACAUCGCUAGUUUUUUUUUUUUUUU